GCUGGAGCCUGCUGUGUCUCACGCAGACCUGUGAGGCAUAAACCUACAAAAGUAAGAAACAUGUCGUGUGGUGUGGUCAAAUCCUUUCUGGUGAGCCUGUCUCGGACGAAGCCCAUCGAGCCCGACGGGGAGCAGUCCACCUUUAACCGAUGCCUCACCACGCUGGACCUGGUGGCCCUCGGAGUGGGCAGCACCUUGGGGGCCGGAGUCUACGUCCUCUCAGGAGAGGUGGCCAGAGACACAGCUGGACCCAGCAUCAUCGUUUCUUUCUUCAUCGCAGCCUUGGCAUCCAUAUUUGCCGGACUGUGCUAUGCUGAGUUUGGAUCCCGGGUUCCCAAAACGGGCUCGGCUUACCUUUACAGCUACGUGACGGUCGGAGAGCUGCUGGCUUUCAUCACCGGCUGGAACCUGCUGCUCUCUUACGUCAUAGGAACAUCCAGUGUGGCCCUGGCGUGGAGCGGGACAUUCGAUGACCUUAUCGGCGGAGUCAUAUCUAAAUAUUUUAACGAAAAUGCAGCCAUGGGGCUCCCCGGCCUGGCCCCUUACCCAGAUGUCUUUGCAGCUUCCCUCGUCAUGCUACUUUCAGGCGUAUUGGCAUUUGGGGUGAAAGAGUCAACAACCAUCAACAAGAUCUUCACAGCAGUCAACAUCGUGGUGCUGCUCUUUGUGACCAUCUCCGGUUUCAUCAAAGGAAACAUCUCCAACUGGCAGAUCAGCGAGGAGGCGCUGAUAAACGCCACGACAGAACUCAAGAACCUGAGCUCUACAGUCAACGUAACGAGUAUUUAUGGAGUAGGUGGAUUUUUCCCGUAUGGGUUCAGCGGUACCCUGGCUGGAGCUGCGACAUGUUUCUAUGCAUUUGUUGGAUUUGACUGCAUUGCAACAACAGGUGAGGAGGUGAAGAAUCCCCAAAAGUCUAUCCCUGUGGGCAUUGUGGCUUCUCUUCUGAUCUGUUUCUUGGCCUACUUUGCGGUGUCUGCUGCCCUCACCCUGAUGAUGCCCUACUACAUGCUCAAUGAAAAGAGCCCCCUGCCUGUGGCCUUUGAAUACAUCAACUGGGGUCCUGCUAAAUACGUUGUGGCCGUGGGAUCACUGUGCGCCCUUUCCACCAGUCUUCUGGGUGCCAUGUUCCCUAUGCCUCGAGUUCUGUUUGCCAUGGCAAGAGAUGGACUGCUGUUCCACCCUCUGACUAAAGUCACUGCUAAGGGUAGUCCUGCUGUAUCUACCAUCGUAUCUGGAACUGUGGCAGCAAUCAUGGCCCUCCUGUUUGACCUGGAAGCCUUGGUGGAGAUGAUGUCCAUCGGUACUCUGUUUGCAUACACACUUGUGGCUCUUUGCAUCCUUAUACUGAGGUACCAACCGGAUGCAUCUGAAGACUCUGAUCUGCAAAUCAAAGAAUCCAACUCGAGGUUUGGCUUUAUGAAGCCUUCCUCGUCUCCCAAUUCUUCCACGGCACGGACCGUCACAAUCUUGACUGUAACCUCUGUUGUGUUUGUGGUUGCACUUUGCCUCACCUUGACUCUGGCCAUCGGUCCUCUGUCUCGUAUGGAGGCAUGGAGCAUAGUGCUCAUCUGCAUCUUUGCCGUUAUUCUUCUGCUCAUUCUGAUUUAUAUCUGGAUGCACCCACAAAAUCCUAAAAAGGCUUCUUUUAUGGUACCCUUACUCCCCGCUCUGCCUUUAGUGAGCACUUUCAUCAACGUCUACUUGAUGGUGCAGUUAGGAUCAGCCACAUGGCUCCGAUAUGCCAUCUGGAUGUUAGUUGGGUUAGUUAUCUAUUUUGGCUAUGGAGUCUGGAACAGCGUCCAGAGGAAGCGUCUCAGGGCCAACCAGACACCCAUUGAAACAAUCAGCAGCAAAACAGAGAAAGACAUCAUAAAAGAAGAGAAAUUCUGAUUUCAGGAGUAGAGAAGGCCGAUAAACUCGAAUGUUACAUUGAGUAACU